AUGUCAUCAGCAUUUGAAGCAGAGCUAAUAUUAUCAAGGCCUUACCUAACUCGUAAACAGAUAUCCAGAGCCCAGAAGAAUACCAUUUCGGAUCUACGAUCAUAUUCACAGAAAAAGUUAGUAAUUAUCAAAUAUUUGAGCGAUAUGUGUGUACAACUGAAACUUCCAAGAAAGACGCUUGAAACCGCCAUUUAUUAUUAUGAAAGAUAUCAUUUAUUUAAUGCAUUCGAAACUGAACUGAUAUACCUCUUAGCAACAAGUUGUCUUGUACUAAGUUGUAAACAAACAGAGACAUUGAAAAAAGUUAAUGAAAUAUGUCAAGUGUCAUAUAAAGUGAGGAAAAUAUUAAAAGCUAAUCAAGAUAUGAUGGAAACAUUUAAAAAAAGAAUAUGGCAAACAGAAUUACGAAUAUUAGAAUCCUGUUCCUUCGAUUAUAGGGUUAAUAAUUUCUUACAUAUAGACGAAUAUAUCAUUAAAAUUGGGAAAAGUUUACAACUAGAACCUAAUGUAUGUUAUUUAGCUUGGUUGAUUGCAUAUGACGUCCUCAAAUCAGAUAUUUUAUUAAUUGUUCCACAGCAUUGUAUUGCUAUUGCAAUACUUAAAAUCUCAGUUGAACUAUUCAAUUUACAAAAUGAUAAUAGUGCCAAUGAAAACAACAACACAAAAUGGUCUAAAGUAGAUUAUUCAUUCUUUGAAACUAACGAAAGUUCAGUUAAUGAAGCUUACUUUGAAAUUUCAAAUUUUUAUAUCAAUACGUUUGACAUAUGUGACUUACAAGCAAAUAUUCCACCGAACUAUCCUCAUAUUGGAAUUGAAUCAUUUAUAGAAUUGAAACAGAAUACUGGCCGUCAAAGAGGGUUAGGUGAACUCGAAAAUGAGGAUAUCAAUAGAGACCCAUUUUUAAACAAUAUUAGAAGUACGGCUGUUAGGGAAAGAAGACAUGUAUUAUCCUCCAAGUUGGUCAUUGAUGAAUAUAACGCUAUCAAUGACACGCAGCAUAAAUAG